AUGUCUCCUUUUAACGAAUCCUUAUUCGUUGGACUUACUUUCAUCAAUUUUAAAUAUCCAAUUAUUUCUGUACAAGGAAUGGAGUUAGUUUAUUUCGUUAACUGUUCAUUCAACAACAACCAAGUUUCAUUUGAUUUCCCUAUGCUUACUUUUAACAAUUGUACCGCAAUUAUCGCAAAUGGCACGAUAACUAAGAAUAUUGUAGAGGCAACAUCACUUGUCGGACUUUCCACCGCUAUUUUAGGCCUAAUGAAUAUGACUGUUGAAGAAAACACUCAAUUGUCUCGAGGUCCAAUACCUUUAUUUGAUUUUACAAACGCAGCAUCAGAAAUUUCGCAAACUGUAUUUAGAAACAAUAGUUCUCCGAACUCUCCUUUAUUUGGAUCAUGGUUUUUCAUUAUUGUUUACAUCACAAAAUCCAAUUUUACAAAUAAUUUCUGUGGUUCAUCAGCAUUAAUAGUUGGAGACUCUCUUGCAAAUAUAACAAUUGAAGAUUCGCUUAUAACUAAUAACUAUGGAGCUCUAGUUCAUUCAAUGACGAUGUCUUCUAUAAAUAUCUCAAAUUCCAAGGUGAAAGAGAACUUUGCAUCAGAGUCAGCGCUUGUAUUUGCACCAAGAUCAUCAAUACAGUUCUUAAAUCAAACAAUUGUUGAGAAUAAUAUAGCUGAUUCAAUUAUUUCAUCACAGUUAACAAAUGAAACAUCAUUAGUACUGAAUUCAACUAUAUUUGUUAAUAAUUCAUGCUCUGACACUGCUUUUGCCCUUUAUAAUAGCAAUUCUUGGGUUAUUAACUCAACAGUUUCUUCUAACACUGUUGUUGGCCAUCCGUUCAUAUCAAUUCAGAUCUCAAACUUUACAAUUGACGGUUCUACAUUCAAUUCAAACUGGGCAACGAAUGAAGGUUCAGUUGUGAAAAUAGAAGACUGUAGCGUUAAUGCAAACUCAUCUCUGUUCUCUGAAAAUAGUGGAAGAUUGUCUGGAGCAUUCGAUAUCGCAAUACAAACUAAUGAAACUUUGAAAUUUGUAUUUCAAAAUUUGACAUUUAAUUCGAAUGAAGGAAAAAUAGUCAGUUCUGUCUAUUUUAGUAAUAAAAUACCGGAAUCGCGUUUUGAAUACUGCAAAUUCUCUAAAAAUAGGUUUGAUGAAGUCAAUGGCCAUUUAAACCUUCCUCAAACGUUCUUUAGAUGCAGAUUUAAUACGCAGAACAACUCAUAUAUAUCUUUCCAUAUAUCAUCUACUGUUGAAAAUCAACCAGAUGAAUUUGUUUUUAUUAUCUGUUUAAUUUUUUAUGUAGUAUCUAUUAUAUUGCUUUCUGCACUAAUACUUAUCCCUAUGGAUAAGUUUAUUGCAUCUCAUUUAUGA